CGCGUGUGAUGCGAGAACUACAAUUCCCAUCAUCGUGCACCAUCACACGGAAGUAAUUCGUUACCAUAAACGCAUUUCCGCUACGCUGCCAAUUCCUUUCCUGUCUGCGGCCUCCGGCAAGAUGGCGGUGCAAAUCUCGAAGAAGAGAAAGUUUGUGUCAGAUGGCAUCUUCAAAGCCGAGCUGAAUGAGUUUCUGACCCGAGAGCUGGCCGAGGAUGGGUACUCCGGUGUGGAGGUCCGUGUCACGCCAACAAGAACAGAAAUCAUCAUCCUAGCCACCAGGACCCAGAACGUUCUGGGAGAGAAAGGCCGCCGCAUCCGUGAACUGACCGCCGUCGUUCAGAAACGAUUCGGGUUCCCUGAAGGCAGCGUGGAGCUGUAUGCUGAGAAGGUCGCCACCCGGGGUCUCUGUGCCAUCGCUCAGGCGGAGUCUCUGCGCUACAAGCUGCUCGGAGGACUGGCUGUCCGUAGGGCCUGCUAUGGUGUUCUGCGCUUCAUCAUGGAGAGCGGGGCCAAGGGUUGUGAGGUGGUCGUCUCUGGUAAACUGAGAGGUCAGAGAGCCAAGUCCAUGAAGUUCGUGGAUGGCCUGAUGAUCCACAGCGGAGACCCCGUGAACUACUACGUCGACACGGCCGUCCGCCACGUACUGCUCCGACAGGGUGUGCUUGGAAUCAAGGUGAAAAUCAUGCUUCCCUGGGAUCCCAGCGGCAAGAUCGGCCCCAAGAAGCCCCUGCCUGACCACGUCAGCAUCGUGGAGCCCAAAGAGGAGGUCCUGCCCACCACCCCGGUGUCUGAACAGAAGGGGGCCAAGCCCGAGGUCCCAGUCAUGCCACAGGGAACCCCAGUCCCAACCGCAUAAAGGGGUUGACCGAUCAUUGAUGGAAGGCCUAUACUUUUCUGUAUAAAAAUAAAUUGAUAAAUGGGGAAA